AGAAAAAAGCGUAGUUAGUGUGAAGUCAGAAUGUUUUCUGUGAAAUAAUACAUAAUUGAAUUAAACAAUAAAAAAUUGAAACUACGCUGCAGCAAGCUUACAACUGUGAUAGCAACAAGUAUCUGGAGCAAGCAAAUAGCCUGAAUAAAUCGAAUAAAAGGCGCACACAGACGCACGGACACACAAAUAUACACCCUAUAAAGGGCAAAAACAAUUUUACAAAGUUGAAAUAAUUAAUUGGGCUACAUAAUGCCACCAAAGGAACGCAAUAUAGCCAUGAUGGGCUACCGCUCAGUCGGCAAAUCUUCGCUCAGUAUACAGUUUGUUGAAGGCCAAUUUGUGGACUCUUACGAUCCAACAAUCGAAAAUACAUUCACCAAGGUUACACGCGUCAACUCGCAGGAUUAUGGCGUUAAGCUGGUCGAUACGGCGGGACAGGAUGAAUAUAGCAUAUUUCCGGUGCAAUAUAGCAUGGACUUUCAUGGAUACGUUUUGGUCUAUUCCAUAACCAGUCAAAAAUCCUUUGAAGUCAUUAAAAUUAUAUACGAAAAACUGUUAGAUGUGAUGGGCAAGAAAUAUGUACCUGUAGUCUUAGUAGGAAACAAGACGGAUUUGCAUCAGGAACGCACGGUUUCCACGGAGGAGGGCAAGAAACUGGCUGAAUGCUGGCGGGCAGCAUUUCUCGAAACAUCCGCCAAACAAAAUGAGUCUGUCGGUGAUAUAUUUCAUCAGUUACUUAUGCUAAUCGAAAACGAGAAUGGUAAUCCCCCCGAGAAGAGCAGCUGUAUUUUAUCAUAAGUACUUGGCAACCGGCAGCCAGCAGCCAGCGUUAACCAUUUUGAAGCUAUGGCUCGUACAAUGGCAAUACGAAAUUGUUUCAAUAUCUAUUGUUAUAAAAGCACCUUGGUCCGCAAGAAGAGAAAAAUUUACAAACUAAUAGUUUUAAGUAAUAACAGGAAAAGAAAAAGAAAACAUAAACUUUAAUCAUCAAAUAUUUAGGGAUCCCUAAUGUUGCCUAGCAGCGUUCGUGGUGACUGUUUAGCAACAAAGCAGGUUUAAGUUAGUAAACUUUUUCACAAUAACAAUUCAGUUACAAAGUUCAUAUGCAAAAUAAAAUAUGCGACUUAUA